AUGUCCGUGCCAUUCCGUGCCCGCUGUGGCCAUUCCGUGCCCGCUGUGGCCAUUCCGUGCCGUGCUGUGCCGCCGGCCCGGGUGACUCCGCGGCCCCGCAGGCGGUGGGCGCUGCCCCAGCGGGAGGCGCUGGUGGGGAGCGGGGCCCGCGGAGCUCGCCGUGACCCGCGGUACCGGCUCCACUCUGAGCGCUGCCGACCCCUGCGCCGGCCCGGGCACCGCGACGGGGGAGCGCUGCCAGACAGUCACACUCCCCUGAGCCCAUCAGCCAUCCCGGAGCAGCCCCCUGGCCCCCUGGCCCCCGGCAGCACCGCUGUGGCACAGGGUGCUGGGGGCACAGACCUGGCCCAGCCAUCGAGCAGCCCCCGAGGGAGGACAGACACUGGCACCCCCCAAGUGACACUGGCGGGCGUGGGCAGGGCCCCCCAGGUGUUCAUCGUGGAAGAUCAGCCCCCACUCCUGAGAGCAUCCCUCCUGCGCAUCCCCUGCGAGCUGGUGCUGGACAUGGCGUUCGUCCCGGCCCUGCAGGAUCCCGCGUCCCCCGAGCGCCGGGAGCUGCUGCAGAGCUUCAACCGGACGGUCACUCCGAUCUUCACCUCGGUGCCCGGCUUCCUGCGGCUGGAGGUGACGGCCAUCAGGGAGGGCAGCGUGGUGCUGCGCUACGACGCGCUCUUCGCUGCGGAGCAGCUGCCGGUGCCGGGGCUGGAGCGGCUCCUGGGGACCGCGCUGGGCUCUGCCCGGCCCGGGCUGGCGGUGGGCGCUGCCCCCGUCCUGCGCCACGCGGCUCUGGCGCGGCCGCCGGACCCCUGUGCCGCGCUCUUCGCCUGCCCUCCCGGCUUCGCCUGCGAGUCCAGGGCGGACGGGAACGCCACCUGCACCUCCCUGUGCCACCGUGACUACUGCAAGAACCACGGCAUCUGCUCCCACGCCCGGGACCACCAGCCCCGCUGCCAGUGCCCCGUGGGCAGCGAUUUCUGGUUCAUGGGGCUGCGCUGCGACUACCGGGUGACCCAGCAGAGCCUGCUGGGCAUGGCGGCCGGGGUCCUGCUCAGCAUCAUCCUCCUGGGCGCCGUCCUCGCCGCCAUCGCCGUCCGACGGUUCAAGGCGCUGCUGCUGGAGGCCAGGGCCGAGCAGACCCGCAGCAGCUACCGGCGUUUCUGCCGCCUGGACGAUGUCUCUGCCCAGUACUGGUCCCGCUCGGGGCUGCCCUCGGCCAGCUCGCUGGACAACCCUGCCUUCAGCAACUCGGAGGAGCUGCUGCACCUCCAGGUCCUGGACAGCGGCUGCUGCGGCUGCCGGGGGGACUCUGCCGUCACCGACGGUGCCAAGUGGGGCUCGGCGCCCUGCGCCCACCCGCAGUGCCGGCCCAGUUUCCGUUACGACUGGGACACCAGCUCCAGCAGCAUGAAUGACCCCAUGGUGGACUCGGGGAAAGCCAGUGACAUCUCGGUGUCGAGCUGGCCCAUGGAGCCCAUCCAGUGGGCUCCCUUCCCUCUCCUCCACCAGCUUUCCAGGCAGCGACCGCACAAGGCCCGCUGGCCGCAGUCGCUCUGCGAGGGGCUGGAGCUGGGCACGCUGGAGCGGAGCUGGACGGCCUGAGGCCACGGACAGACGGACGCGAGUUCAGCUUUGAAACCAACCACAUUUUAUUUCCACGUAACGAGCUCAGUGAAGGAAUUCCACACACUUGGACGAUACAAUCAACGCGGGUGCGAUGUCAGUGGUGUCAGUCCCAGCGGGGCAGGGGCCCGGCCAGCCCCCGCCCCGGAUCCCGUCCGCGCCUCGCGAGCUCUGGCUGGGACCGCGGAGCCCGGAGCGGGCAGAUACAGAGAGGUGUCAGGGCACACAGUGCUGGCAUCCGCCAGGUCACGGCUCACAGGGGCAGUCCGGGCAGAAAGGCUGGCGGCUCUGGAGGGCACGUCACGCCACGGACGCGCCGGCUCCGCCCCACGGCCGCCGCGGGACGAGCUCGGCCACGCCGGAGGGAGAUGCACGGAAGCGCCGCCGCGUCCUUCAUCGUGAUUCAUGUCAAUGAGGUAUAAACACCAGGAUGUCGUAAGCAUUAAAGUUUAUUUUCCAAAACGCUC